AUGGUAAAAGAAAUCAAGAGAAAACAUAGGUUGGAUAUGUUAGGUUUGGUAGAGACUAAAAGACAGCUAGUGACAAGGUUUGAUGUAUCGAAAAUUUGGGGGAGUGGAAGCGCGGGAUGGGAAUAUGUGGAGUCUGAUGGUGUCUCUGGUGGUUUGUUAUUAAUAUGGGAUGAUGGGGUACUGUCAGAGAUGUCUGUUAACUGUGCGUUUUUCUUGGUUUAUGGGGCUCACACUAGAGAUGAGAAACGUGUUGUGUGGGAGGAGCUGAGUUACAUGGCUGGCUUAUGUCCAAGCGCCUGUUGUUUUCUAGGGGACUUUAAUGAGAUUGGCCAAGUGGAAGAAAGGCGAGGUCUAGAUAGCUUACCUCUGUCGGCACAGGACUAUAAGGUUUGGGUACAUGACAUGGGUUUGGUGGACCUGCCAAUUUCAGACCGGUUUCUAAGGAUGGUCAAGGAGGAAUGGAGAGGGAUGGGAGAGAUACAAUUCACCGAUAAACUGAAGGCGUUGACGGUUCCUUUGGGGAGAUGGCACAGAGACAACUUUGGUGAUAUGGACAAGAAAAUUUUGAAGUUUGAGGAAGAGAUUCAGAAGAUUGAUGACAUGGUUGGCAAUGGGAACUAUGAUGAGACAGUGGAAGCAAGAAGGAAGGCGUUAGUUAAGUGCUGUGAGAAAUGGUAUGUGAGGAAAGAAUUACAUUGGAAGCAGAUGUCAAGGUCGAGGCUUGCAAAGGACAUGGAUAAAAAUACGAGAUACUUUCAUAACUGA